AGAAGAGCUAUAAAUCACUCGCCAGUGAACAACACUGGUCACUUCCACAACCACCUGUAGAAGGACAGAAGAAACUUCCGAUCUUCCUGGAAACAAAAGAGAUGAUUCUGUCAGUGGUGUUCCUGUGUCUUGCAGCUGUGCUGUCUCCAUCCACUGGAGUGGAACCCGCAAGUUUCGAUGCUCUGUCAACUAGCAGAGCAGAUCAGCAAAAGGCAAUUGUUGACAAACAUAAUAGCCUCAGGAGAGGAGUAAACCCAACUGCCAGCAACAUGAUGAAGAUGGAAUGGAGUCCUGCAGCUGCAAAGAAUGCCCAAAAAUGGGCUGAUAAAUGUACUUUAAGUCACAGUCCUGUUGACAAGAGGACAACCACUGUACCAUGUGGUGAAAACCUCUUCAUGUCAACUGCCCCUUUCCCAUGGUCAGAUGCUAUUCAGGCCUGGUACGAUGAGGAGAAAGAUUUCAAAUAUGGAGUUGGAGCAAAAACACCAGGCGCUGUGAUUGGCCAUUACACUCAGGUGGUUUGGUACAAUUCUUAUCAAAUUGGAUGUGCUAUCGCUUUCUGUCCCAACAGUAAAUACAAGUAUUUUCAAGUCUGCCACUACUGCCCCGCGGGGAAUCUCAGAAGUUCAAUUCCGAAGCCCUACAAAAAAGGAGCUCCCUGUGGUGAUUGCCCUAAUGCUUGUGAUAACGGAUUAUGCACCAAGCUUUGAAAACCUGAAGGUGUUUAUUCCAACUGCCAUGGCAAAGUGUACUGAAUGUAUUCAUCACUUCAUCAAGUUCCCUGUCCUGCUUCCUGCUAAUGCAAAACUGAAAGAAAAUAACAAGCUCAACUUUUUCCUUCCUGGACAUCCAUCUCUUUAGUGAUUUCUUCCACAAAAACAGAUUCCAUCCUGCCUUACCAACAAUGCAGAAGGACUAACUUCACUCUGGUGACUCACACUAAGAAAAGCUGUAGAAGGAUGUACAUAUUCUAUUCAUAUAAUGGUCUAGAACAUAGUGGAGGCCAUACUCAAAAUUUAGCAUUUGGGUACCGGAUAUAUUUAAUGGUUAACUUCUCAUAUCUUUCUUUUCCCAAAGUGUCAUCUAAGGAGCAUUGUUUAAAGUUCUGUGGUUCCAUAUGUUGUUAGAAUAUAUAGAUCUCCUUGGUCAUGCAACUAAUCUUAACUUGACCAACAUUUUGAACUAUUGUACUUUUAAGAGGACCAGAAGAUCAACAAGGUUACCUGAACUACGUAGUUCUUAAAAGUAAUUGGGAAAGUAGUGUAUUUUCCACUAGAAUUAGUCUGCUUUAGAGUCUGUAUCUUUUGCUGACAUACAUUCUACAGUAAAAUGUUUAGUUGUAUUUAAAAGUUUAAAAGAAAAAAAGUGUAUUUAAUUUAAAUUAAUGAUCUUUCUUAUAGUAUAAGAUUGCACUUACCCAUAUAAAUAUGGGUAACCACACCUGCCCUCUAAUGGAAAAGAACUGUCUGAGAAAAAGGCUUAACUCACAAAAACAGAUAGUCAAGGGGAAAGGUCCCUCCAUAGGGAAACUUUGGUUUUAGUAAGAAGUCAGGGUGUCUUCCAAAAUUAUUUCUUUAACAUAUGAUUUUGCUGUAUCAAUCAUUAAAUUACUCAUUCUUCAUUGACCAA